GGGCGUUGAGCGACAAAGGAUUCCAGUUGAGAUGACACUGGAUGCCGAAGUAUACCCUGUUGGCUGGCAUCGGUAGUGCUUUGACUAUAUAUAGACGGCCAAUUCAUCCCAAGAUGCUGUAUACCAGAGUACUACUCCAGACUCAGACACAGUCAUUCACACACUUAACCGGCUACCAUGAACCUCCGCCUGUUGACUCUUGCUCUCGCUACUGUGGCGGCUGCAAGCCCAGUAGACAUACAGGAACGCCAGCUCUCCGGCGGUAAUGAGCUGCGAGAUGGCUCUUGCAAGCCGAUUACCUUCAUCUUUGCCCGUGCUUCCACAGAGCCAGGACUUCUCGGAAUAUCAACCGGUCCCGCAGUCUGCAAUGGCUUAAAGAUGGCCAAAGCAGGCCAAGUAGCUUGCCAGGGUGUUGGACCCAAGUACACGGCAGAUCUCCCAUCAAAUGCUCUGCCUGAGAACACAUCCCCAGCUGCCAUCCAAGAGGCACAAGACCUGUUCCAGCAGGCCGUCACCAAAUGCCCCGACACCCAAAUCGUCGCCGGUGGAUAUAGCCAAGGCACAGCAGUGAUGGAUGACUCCAUCAAGCGCCUGCCAGACAACGUGAAGGAGAAGAUCAAGGGUGUCGUGCUCUUCGGCUACACCCGUAACGCGCAAGAACAUGGUCAGAUCGCCAACUUCCCCAAGGACAAAGUCAAGAUCUACUGUGCCAUGGGCGACAUGGUCUGUGAUGGCACGUUAAUCGUGGGCCCCGCCCAUUUCACUUACCUUGGUAACACCGGCGAAGCAACUCAGUUCCUGCUGGGUAAGCUGAGUGCUUCGUCUUCGUCUUCUUCCGCUUCUUCGGGUACUUCGUCCGCAUCGACGUCCGCUGCUGCUGACUCUUCUUCGUCUUCGUCUUCCUCCUCGUCGCCUCCUUUUGGGAACCUUGGUAAUCUCUUUGGUGGAUUCUAGGUUAUGGUUAUGACUUGUCACUCUUAUGUGUCUGCUUUUUAUGUCGCGAUAACGUUUUUGAUUUUUGGUUUUGGUUUAUGCUUUUGAACCUAUGUGAACUGGAGUGAGGAUUAGAUGUUAUUGUUUUUGGAUAUGUUAUAACUCACUGAAUUGAAUUCUGCUUCGAG